UCCGUGGUUUCAGUUUAAAAUCCAGAAAGGCGGAAGUGUGAGUUGUAAGCGGUGAUGACAGCGCGGUUAUUUGUCCUAUCACACGGUUUUCCCCCCUCCGUCUCACCGCCACUGAACAGCCGAGGAUUCGGGGCUUGCAGCUAUUAAACAGUAAGCGGAGAGAGGCCAUGGCCAGUGUAGCCGGUGAUUUUCGGGACAGGGUUUGACGUGUGGGUCGCGCUGUGCGGGAACGCUGCUCCUAUCAGGAUGCUCCGGUUGUUUGUUGUCCUGGUUGGUACCGGCUUGGUGCUGGCGUGUUUUACUUCCUGGGUGAUGGACAGCUACGACACCACCUGGCACCCGAAGCGGAGUUUAGUGCAGUCUCACCAUGAACACGUUAAGAAGAAACGCGAGGCACCUUUUCCAGGAGCAGAGCUGAACAACAUCUUCUGGUUUGUGCAGGUAUCUGACAUUCAUAUAAGUCGCUUCCGUGAUCCAAGACGAGUCCCAGACUUUGAAAAGUUCUGUACAGACACCAUUGAGGUCAUUAAACCAGCUCUCGUACUGGCCACAGGGGACUUAACAGAUGCAAAGACAGAAAAUAAAGUUGGCUCUCUUCAGCAUGAGGUGGAGUGGCAGGCCUAUCACAACGUCCUAAAGAAAUCUCGAGUGCUGGAGCGCACAAAAUGGAUAGACAUUCGAGGAAACCAUGAUGCCUUCAACAUUAUAUCUCCGGACAGCGUUAACAAUUAUUACAGGAAGUAUUCUGCCAACCAGAAGCUUGGCUCCUUCCACUAUGUACACAGCACUCCCUUUGGCAACUAUUCAUUUAUCUGUGCUGAUGCCACCCUCACUCCUGGCCCUAAGCGUCCCUACAACUUCUUUGGAAUACUUAAUCAGAGUCAAACUGACAUGCUGGUGACCUUUAGGCAGGAGAGUCAGAGCAGCAAUCAGACCGUCUGGUUCGGACACUACACCACCUCCACUGUUAUCUCUCCUCCACCUGGGGUCAGAGCCUUGAUGAGCAAGGCAGUUGCGUAUCUCUGUGGGCACCUGCACACGCUGGGGGGUCUGAUGCCUGUUCUUCACAGCAGACACUCAACAGGAACACUGGAGCUGGAGCUGGGAGACUGGAUGGACAACCGCAGAUACAGGAUCCUGGCCUUUGACCACGACCUCCUGAGUUUCUCAGACCUGACAUUUGAGGACUGGCCAGCAGUGAUCAUCACCAACCCCAAAGAUGCUCAAUACCUACAUCCAGGAGUGGAGCCUUUGGAUCGCAUCUACAGCUCCACACACAUCAGGAUCCUGGUAUUUUCAGAAGCUCCGGUUACAGCAGUGUAUGUGAGUGUGGAUGGAGAGGCCCUGGGAAAAGCAGAGUGUGUAGGGGGACCUCUGUAUGUGCUGUACUGGGACCCCAAAGUCUACUCCACUGGACUGCAUUCAAUCAAAGUCAAAGCAGAGAAUUUGGCAGGUCAGACGAAGGUGCGAGAGCAACUGUUUACCAUGCAGGAGGACCUCACACCCAGCUUUGGCUUCCUACAAUCUUUUAUCCUCCUCACUGACCACUACAUCCUGGCACGGAUCGCUUUUGUAGCAGUCGUGUUGCUGAACGUGGGCAUCCUGGUUGCCUUCAGAUUCUUGCAGAUGCCCGCUGCCCGAGGGAUGCUCUCUCAGGCCGUUUUGUCCAUACACCUUGUCAGCAAGAUCAAUGCUUUCUACUACACCUUGCUGCUGUUCAAUCUGUGUACAGCAUUAGGGCCGUGGUUCAUUGGGGAGGUGAUUGAUGGACACAAUGGAGCUUGCUUUGCUUUCGGUGUGUUCGUUGGUGGGCAUUUUCUUGAGGGCAGUCUGACCUAUGUUGUGGGUGUGAUGCAGUUGAUCUUCUUCAACAUGCCUCUGACAUGCUACCUCUGCUGGAGUGUGCACCAGCGCUACAGCGGCUGCUCCUUCCGCUCUCAUUUCUGUAGGACAGGAUCCCGCUGGAGGACUCUGGCUGUACACGUGGUAAUGCUGCUUCUCUUCAUCUGGCAGGCAUACUCCUGCUACUUCCUGCUGGAGACCUACGGCCCGUUGGCUUUCUUCCUGUCUCCGGUGCGUACCUGGGCUCUGCUGAUGGGUCUGCUGCUCAUUUACAAGGUCUGGAAGGGACCAGCUCCAAGUCCCUCUAAUAAGACCAACUCGUAGCUAUGACAGCGAAACUGACCAGUUUUUCAGACACAAUUUUAAACAUUUUACUGUUCUACACAUUUGUGUGCCAUAUUCUUCCCCCUCUAUCUUUCUACGCAAUCGCUACAUUACGGAAUUGUUCGUAUCAUAACAGGAGAGCUGGAGAGAGGAUGUACCACUAAAGCAUGGGCAUUUUAGUCUACUUGAACACUCAUCUUGGGCCACUUCUUUUUUUCAGUAGAUUACACUGAAGUAUUUUAGCAAAUCAACAAGGUGUGAAUUGCCUUGCUCGACUGCCAGACUAAAUAUUUGAUCAUUUAGAUAAAAUACAAAUUUGUGGAUGAGCACUGAGACUCUUUCACCUGCGUUAUUGCUUAACCACCAAUCACAAUAUCAGCAAUAGUUUAGUUGGGGAAAAAAAAAAAAAAAAAAACUGACCAUAGACAGUGACCUUGGUUCUGCUGCGUGGACAACAUUGAGGUUGUUAAAGCCUUCAACGUAUUUUUGUUCUGUUUGUUCACAUGAUUUCCUGUAACUAAUACAAAUAGUUUAUUCCACUGGGCUUUCAAAGCCAGUCCCAAGUCCUGAUUAAAAUGGAUGGGUUUCCAAAUCAAAUAUGCGUAUCAAUAUCAAAUAUGGAGAUAAUCCAGUGGUACUCAUGGUACUCGAGGUAUCUUGGCAGUCCUGGGAUUCAAACUUACAACCUUCCAACCAGUGGAACAACAUUUUGUAAAGCAAAGGUCAAAUGACAUCAGGUUGAGACUAGCGGUGUGAUCUCAUGCCAUCAGGAGCUUUUCACUUUCAUGCUGCCGUUUGUUCAUUUGUUCUUUCGUUUUCUUACUUUCUUUUGUUCUUGGUAACUGUCUGGUCAGGGUCACAGUGGAUAAAUUAGGCGUCUAGUAUUUUUAGUUUUAUAAUUUUGUAAACUAGAACUACAGACCAACUGCAUUCAUUAGAAAUGUUGCUGGCAGGUACAAACUGAAUCAUAACUGUGAACAGGAAUAAAAUUUGGUGACACUCUUUCUCUAAUAAAAUAAUAAUAAAUCUCAAAAUAGAAAAAAAUGUGCAAAUUAGGCCAUGCCCACUUUAAAUCUGAAUACAAAUACGGCUGUUUACAGCACUAAACACACACACACAAAUAAUUUAUAUAUAUAUAUAUUAUUUGUUGUUAUGUUACACCCACGUUGUAUUUAUGAAUACAGAAACCUAAUGUAUAACACAUGAUCCCAUUGUUUCUGCUGUGAUGAAAUUUCAUCAGGCUCAUCAGAACAUGUGUUUGUUUUGGGUCACAAACCAUUUGUAGAGGACUAUACAGAUUAACCUCAUGAGAUUUCUUAGACUAGCAAAGGAAAAACUGGUAUCUAUGGAGAAGGUAUACGAGUGCCUGAGCUGUAUCCUAGACAUAAUACACCACUAUAUGCUUUAUUUAUUGUAUGACACUGGAAGAGAUCCCUGAUCUCACUGAAUAGGACCAGUGUUGUAGUAAAAAAAAAAAGAGUGUGAAGAUAAACUGGAUGUAGGACUGCUUCAUAGAUCAAGAUGCAAGAAAAGACAAUCAGCAGUGUGUUUAUACACUUGGAGCUCAUUAAAGUGUAGACCCACUGAAUUUUUUUUUUUUUAAAGUUUCUCAUUCUGCACUUCAGCUGGAUUGGAUAAACACGGUUUGGAAAACUAAAGGGAACAAUCCAUGCAACAUAAUCAAUGCAUAACAGUCAUGUUGUACAGAAGGAGCUAAAGAUAGAGGGAAUAUUACAGUGUUUAUGUUGAGGAUGUUUUUACCAUGUAAUCCACUUAUUUUCUAUAAAUGCUGCGAUAAAUUUGGUGUGGUAGAUUUCUUUUUGUUGUGCUUUUGUUGAUUUGUGUUUUGAUUACCUGCAACUCAGUUCAGGUCUCUCGGGAAUGUAAAGACUCUAGAUUAUCUAUGAACAAUGUGAAGGGUUUCAAAUGGUUUCUUUUUUGGUUUUGGGUUAUUCAUUUAGAACAAUAUGUGACUCAAUCUUUAUUCAUUUACAGUUGUGAUGAAGUGACUACUUGAAACAAUCAUUUGAAAUAAUAUACUUUAUUUAUAAUGAAGUAUAUUAUUAAUAAAUUAUAAAUAAUUUAUCAUUAUUUUUUAUGCAUAUUGAUUUGAUUGUUUUUUUAAGUACUGUGCUGUUGUUUAUGCCCAUUUCCUUGUAUGUAGAACAAGUUUGAAGUCCCUUGAAUGCUAAUGAUUACUGCUCAGAUAGUGGAAAUUUGAUUACACACUGAUUGGUGAGCGAGUCAAUGUGCUCACCGGUCAAGCCGAAUGCUAGUGAUGACUUAAACAUGUUUGGUCCUUAGAAUUUGCCUUUCUGACAAAAUAAACAAAUGAAAAGUAA